AUGUUACUUUUGCUUGGUUGGGAGAUUGGAGUUUUAGAAGCAGUUAUUCUCGUUGUCGUUGUUGGCCUCUCAUUUGAUUAUACACUCCAUUUUGGGGCUACAAUGCCGUCUAAAGUUUGUCCAAAACAUGCUUUACAAAUGGCAAUUCGUGGAGCAAUUAGGCCUAUUUUAAUGUCAACUGUCUCGAGUAUUCUUGCCGGUGCUGUGAUGCUUUUUGCUGAGACACAUGCGUUUUUUCAAGUAGUAGAAAAUUUUUAAUAGGGUUUAUAUGUGAAUUUUUUGUCAUUGAAAUUCUGAUGUUUGU